UAUUUCAAUUUAUUUCAUUUUCCGUGUAACGAGAGAUCGGAUAUUUCGGAUAUAGAUAAAAAGAGAGGGGAGAGGGGAUAUUGAAAGGUGCAUUCACGCACGAAGACUAUAUUAUAUAUACGAAUCGUAUAAUACGAUGACGGUAGAGACACCCCUGAAGCAUGUCAGGCACAGCUAUAGAGAUGGAGAGGAGGCUACGGCGCUGAGUACUGUUGAUAUAUGGCUCCCGGAGACAAAUCCAGAUGGAAGCAGUCCUGAGGGAAUUUGGGUGGUUUUCAUCCACGGCGGCGCCUGGCGCGACCCCCUCAUAGACUCCACCAGCUUCCAACCCACCCUCUCCAUCCUCGCCCAAACACCCCCGCAAGCGCAACCGCCAAUCGCAGGCUACGCAUCAAUCAACUACCGGCUCUCACCUUACCCCUCCCAUCCCACCUCACCCAGCACCGGCGGGGACGCCAGCAGAGCUGCACAGCACCCCGAGCACUUGGACGACGUGACGACGGCGUUGUUGUUCCUCGAUGAGAAGUAUGGGAUUGGAGGGAGGUAUCUUCUGGCGGGACAUAGUUGUGGCGCUACCCUCGCUUUCCAGGUCCCGGAGACGGCGGAGGGGGGGGGGAGGCUGCCGGUGCCGUUGGGGAUGCUGGGGUCGGAGGGGAUUUACGACAUCCCCUCCCUAAUCUCGCGGAACGAACAUCCCAUUUACCGCGAAUUCGUCGUAUCAGCAUUCGGUGAGAGGGAGGAGACAUGGAGCGCCGCCUCGCCGUCCAUGGCUCCAGGGUCGAAGCUCUGGGAGAAGACGGGGGUGCUGAUAAUGUCGCACUCGGAGGAGGAUGAGUAUGUUGAGAAAGCGCAGUCCGUAGACAUGCUGGAGAGGAUCAAGGAGGUGAAGAAGGACGGACAGGCGGUCUAUGUUGAGGCGGAGGGGAAGCAUGAUGAGAUGCAUGAGAAAGGGGGGGAGAUGGCUAGGAUUAUUGGGACGGGGUUGGAGAUGGUUUGGGUGGUGGGGUGGGGGGCAUAGUAUCCCCGCGCCGCCCGGUGUGCAUAUAUGCCUCACUCACGCGGUUGGUGCGGGAAUUGCGCGUUUUUGUCGGAUGGGAAUCACCAUCUAGUUCUGUCAUGUCAUGUUGUCCUGUCCUGUCCUGUCGUGUCAUGUGCUGUCCUGUCCUUCCCGUCCUGUCCCGUCCUGUCCUGUCCUGUCCUGUCC